UAUAGGAAGACCAAGUCUGUUGAUCUUGACGGCCUCAAGCAAGAUAUCGCGAAGUCAAGGCUGUGUUGUCCAUCCUCUUGUGAAGAUUUUGACAAGUUUGUACAAAGUUACAACUACACCCUAAGCAGUAUACUAGAUCGCCAUGCGCCACUGAAAUCAAAAGUAAUGAGGUCAAGGCCCCAGGUCCCCUGGUACAGCCAAGAAAUUGCCGAGGCGAAAAGAGAGUGACGCAAGGCUGAGCAAACGUGGAGAAAGACAAAGUCCGCUGAAGACCUGCUGUUGUUCAAGAGAUUACAAAAUCAAGUUAACCGGGCACGGAGAAAUUUUUACGUGGGCUUUGUAAAGGAACAAGAUGGUGAUCAGCGAAAACUUUUCAGGGCAACAAAGGCACUCCUUAUGCCGAAGGAUGAAAUCUGUUUCCCCAAUUGUCAUGAUGUGGCUCUGGCAAAUGACAUUGUCCGCUAUUUCCAUCGUAAGAUCCUUAAUAUCCGUAAUGAACUAGACGGUACCGAUGUUACCCAGAGAGAUGUGGUGACCUGAUUGACGACCCUGUUUUCAGCUCAAAUCUCGAACCACCACGUGGUUUCAAGGAACAGACAGAGAAGGAUGUAUACCAGCUCAUUUAGGCUUCAGCUAAGAAAAGCUGUAUGCUCGAUCCUUUGCCAAAUUCUGUCUUACUGGGCAGCCUUGAAGAACUCCUUCCAAUAAUAAUGUGGUCCCCCCAAAAAGAAUCCUUCCCCCAUCCCCGCCCCCCUAAUCAUCACAUGCCAGUCCGACCAGAUUGUAAGAUCCACACCUCGAAUCGACUGCUAUUUCUCUGAUCAUGCACCAGUGUUGUGUCAUCUUCAUUCAAUAAAGCCUUCUUUCUCCACCAGGACUCUCUCGUAUAGGAAAAUAAAACUAGUGAACGUGGAUUCCCUGAAUGAUGACCGAGCUAAUUCUGAGCUGUGUAAAAAUCCACCGGACGACCUCGAGGAACUUCUUUUGUCCUAUAACAAAACCCUAAUAGCUGUGCUGGACAAACGAUUGUUAUGCGUCCGCAAGUUCCAUGGUACACAGACGAAAUCAGACAAGCCAAGAGAGAGCGACGGAAAGCUGAAAGAAGAUGGAGAUUGUCGAAACUUUAUUACAACCUGGCUGUAUUUAAAGUUAAGCGCAAUGCUGUCUACAAUCUUAUGAACAAAGCACGACAGGCAUUUUACGCUAAACUUAUCGAGGAUAACAGCUGUAAUCAGCGAAAGUUGUUUCGUGUUAGUAAACGCCUGUUUAAUCAGUCGCAGGGUGAUGAGUUACCUCUGAAUCUGCACGCCCACACUUUUGCAAACGAAGUUGGAAAGUAUUUUGUGUCAAAGAUU